GGGGCAGAUAGUGGAGGCGAUUCCUUGAUUGUUGACUUUGGAAAGUGUCGUUAAAACACUCCUAAACACAAUACAGAGUUGCCUACUCUACUGUCGGUGCUCUAUUAGUGCCCUGGGUCAGUGUGCGGUGGCUGUCAGAGUUGUCAAAAUAUUUGGGGGGCGCGACUUGCCAAACCAAAACAAGCCCCGUCCCUGAGUUCUGUCGCCGCCUGAAGAUAGGAAUGUUAACAGGGAACCAACCAACUCAGACUCUGUCGCUUUUCAUGUUUUAAUAGAAGGAGUUGAUUCUGAGAUGCCCUUUCGAGCAAAGGCCCUGCGAGCAUCCUGAGCCUUUCCUGGUUUGCUCCCCGCCGAGGUGUAUGAGUUGUCGGGCUGGGGUGCAUCCCUAAUCACCCGCACAACGGAAGAAAGCUUCACCGCGACACCUGGUGGUCCUCAUAAAAAUGACGGGUGUGUGUGGGUGUUGUGGGGCUCUCCGGCCUCGUUAUAAGAGGCUGGUGGACAACAUCUUCCCAGAGGACCCCGAGGAUGGCCUGGUGAAGGCAAAUAUGGAGAAGUUGACCUUCUACGCCCUCUCAGCUCCAGAGAAGCUUGAUCGCAUCGGGGCAUACCUAUCAGAGAGGCUGUCACGUGACGUAGCACGCCACCGAUAUGGGUAUGUGUGUAUUGCUAUGGAGGCUCUGGACCAGCUGCUGAUGGCGUGCCACUGCCAGAGCAUCAACUUGUUUGUGGAGAGCUUCCUCAAGAUGGUGCGUAAGCUGCUGGAGUCAGACAAGCCCAACCUGCAGAUACUGGGAACCAACUCGUUUGUGAAGUUUGCCAAUAUAGAAGAGGAUACUCCGUCAUACCAUCGCAGCUACGAUUUUUUCGUCUCUCGCUUCAGUGAGAUGUGCCACUCUGGAUACCAAGACCCUGACAUACGCACCAGGAUCCGCAUGGCGGGCAUCAGGGGUCUUCAGGGUGUUGUGAGGAAAACUGUAAAUGACGAGCUACAAGCCAACAUCUGGGAGCCGCGGCACAUGGACAUGAUCGUACCAUCACUACUCUUCAACCUACACAACGAGGAUACUACAGACAGUCGUUCCCCGUCCCCACUGCAAACAUCUGUGGAGAAGGAGAAGGAGAGCCCCGUCGAGUUGACUGAGCGAUGCUUUCGGGAACUGCUGGGUAGAGCAGCCUAUGGACACAUCAAGACUGCUGUCACACCUGUACUCCUGCAUCUGGAUAACCAUUCUCUGUGGGAGGGGAAGUCGUUUGCUGUGCGAUGCUUUAAAAUCAUCAUGUACUCCAUACAGUCUCAGCACUCCCACCUGGUGAUUCAGCAGCUGCUGGUGCAUCUGGACGCCAACAGCAGGAGCAGCGCCCCAGUGCGGGCUGGGAUUGUGGAGGUCUUACUGGAGUCCGCCGCCAUCGCAGCCAGCGGCUCCGUAGGUCCUACUGUGCUGGAGGUGUUCAACACGCUGCUAAGACACCUGAGGCUGAGUGUGGACUACGAACUUGGCGAAGGCUUUGACAUGACAGAUGAUGAUGAUGGGCCAAUCGAAUCAAAGGAUGAGAGCCAGCACCAGGAGAGACAACUACAGGAAGCAGUCAUACGCACCAUAGGUUCCUUUGCCACCACGUUGCCUACCUACCAGAGAUCUGAAGUCAUGCUCUUCAUCAUGGGAAAAGUCCCCUUACCCGGAGUACACCCCCUCCUCAACUCUACUGGGCCUGAGGGGAACAGGAUGAUCCAGGUGAUGCUGCUCAAGUCUCUCCGACAGGUGACGAGCGGUUUCCAGGCGACCAACAUGUUGACAGCGUUGCCAAGUGCGUUUAUGGAGCCGUUGUUAAGUGUGUCGCUAUUGGAGACGCCCGAACUCCGAGUGCUAGUGCUGCAGAUACUCACCAGCCUUAUGGACCGCCACCAGAACACACAGCAUCUCUCAUCACUCAGUGUGAUGUCUGACACAUCAGUGCUGAAACUGAGGGCUGAUAAAUGCACCUCCCGUCCGGACAGUCUCUUCAUGAAGAAGCCAGACAGUCAGGAAGACAGACAGGAAGAAAGACAGACAAGGAAAAAAGAAAAGACCCAUUUACCCAGCGCCCUGCAGGUCAAACAGCACGCUCAGCAGUUGUAUCGCCACAUCUACGCGUGCUGUAAAGAGGAGUCGAGCACUGCGCAGCACUACACGCUGCUCUACACACUACUGGGCCUGAUGGCCAUCGAGCUGGGCAACGAGGAGGUCGUACUGGACCUCAUACGCCUGGCCCUCGCACUACAGGACCUGGCAGGGAGUAAAGAAGAGGGUCUCCGAGUGUUUAAUCGCUGUGCCAUCCACGCCUUGACUGCUGCAUACCUCAACCUCAUCUGCCAACUCACCACCGUACCCUCUUUCAUACAACACGUACAUGAGGUGAUUGAGAUGAGACAGAAGGAGGCGUCUCACCUGUUGCCUGAGCACGUCUUCACUGACCACCCCAGGCUGCCUGCAUCUCUGGAGCAGACCCAGGAGGGUGUGUUGUUUGCUCAGAGUAAAAUCGCAGAGGCCCUCGGGGGGAGUGGCUACAACGCAGAGAAACUGGCCACACCCUACGUACCCCUCUCUCAAGAUGAGGAUCGUCUGUCUAAGAGGAAGAGUGUGGGGGAGACCAUCUCACUGCAGGUGGAAGUGGAGUCCAGACAGAGCCCAGAGAAGGAAGAGAGGACUCCUGCUGAAGAGAUCACCUUCCAGACCCUCAAGAAUGCCAUUGUCGACAGUGAGGGUAUGGAGGAAGCUGAGAGGGCCCGGAGGAGACAGGUGGUGGAGAAAUUCCAGAAGGCCCCCUUCGAGGAAAUAGCUGCCCACUGCGGUGCCCGGGCCACCAUGCUGCAGAGUAAACUCAACCAGAUCUUUGAAAUCACCAUCAGGCCUCCUCCCAGUCCAAAUGGCGGUCUCCCCGCUGCCGGAUCAUCAUCAUCAUCAGCGGUGGCGUUGGUCAAGCCUCCUCCUCCUCGCUCUGUACCCGUUUACGAGAUCAAGUUCCCAGACCUGUGUGUGUACUAGACACACACACACACUCACACACACAUGUUCUGUUCAUGAUGUCUUAAGGAUAAAGGUGGCAUCUGCGUUUCCAAAUGAAUUGUUCUCAUUGAUCAAUAUAAGAUAAGGCAAAUUUAGUUAGUGAUUGAUAACAUCUCCCAAUAUGAUAUAGCACAUUGAUCAUGUGUCAGGACAAACGAGUCUGUUUUAAAGGUUUUGUCUGAAUGGAUGUUAAGUUGUCAGUUUUGAACAGCUCUUGCAGUGUUACCGCUGCUACGCGGUCAGGCCCUUGUAGGGACACACAUGCGCGCGCUGACAAUAAGUCACUUAGACCUUUUUUUGUAGCGAGGGUUGUUCUGUAGCUUCCCUCCCGCACCAACUGUUUGCUGCCAGCACCUGUGUGUGACGAGUGAAGUAUUGUGCUAUAGUCUGCCAAGCGCUUAUUGUAUGAUCCAUGUAUGCGUGCAUGUGUGUUAAGAAGCUCUCUUCUUAUCAUAAUGUCAGUUGUGUGUGUGUGUGUGUGUGUGUGUGUGUGUGUGUUAUUGGGAGGUGUGAGAGUUAAGAUGUGUAUGUUACUGACAUGUGGUGUGUUUUUAUGUUACGAGAAUCUUAAUAUUACUGACAGGAUUUUAUAAAGCUAUCUGUUUACA